AUGACCAACGAAGCACAAGUCACUGAAACUCAGGUGCGAAUCGAACUCAAACUGCCAGAGUUCAUCGCCGACGAUCCGGAACUGUGGUUUAACCUAGUCGAGAGAACUCUCGCGGCCGCGAGAAUCACUGACGAAUUGACAAUGUUCGGCCGCGUCACAGCCGUGUUAUCCCCUCGUUACGCCAAAGAAGUGCGCGAUUGCAUAAUAAGCCCGCAUGCAACAACCCCGUAUAGUACUCUUAAAACGGAACUCAUGAAGCGACUCCGGGUAUCUCAAGAGCAGAAAACCAAGCAAUUGCUCGAACGUGAAUUGAUCGGUUCGCGGACUCCAUCACAGUUUUUGAGACACUUGAAAUCGUUAGCGGGGACGAGCGCAAACGAAAAUAUCUUGAGCGCAUUAUGGUUGAGCGGGUUACCAAAAACCAUCCAACAAAUAUUGGCCGCGCAUAAAAACGUGACUUUAGAGACAGCCGCCGAAUUGGCGGAUUCGAUCGCGGCGACGUGUGUACCAGUGCCCGCAGUAAGUGAAGUGCAAAAUACCGCUCCGAUUGAAACUCUUCUGAACAUUAAAAUGGCACAGCUGAAGCUGGACCUUCAGCAAGAAAUCUGCUCGAUUCUGGAAAAGUACGACAGAGAAUCACGCGCGCGAAAUCGUCAAUACUCACCUUCGCGAUCGCGGUCGAGAAAUCGAGGGUCGAGCCGCAACCGCGGCCACGAUAAGGACGGCGUGUGUUUCUUUCAUCAGAGAUUCGGGGAGAAAGCAUAUCGUUGCAACCGACCUUGCACUUUUUCGGGAAAUGCGACGGGCAAUCGCUAA